AUGCAAGGCCACAGCUCAGCUAAGGAGAUCCACCACGAGAAUUACGAGAUAUCAUCCGAUGGGGAGUCGUGGUCUGCCGAAGAGGAGGCGUGUGUGAGGAGAAGGCUGGAUUGGAGAUUGUUGCCGUUGUUGACAACGCUGUAUAUGCUUUGCUUUCUCGAUCGGUGGGUUACGGAUAAUGCACGGAUCCAAGGAAUGCAGCAUGAUCUUCAUCUCAUCGGGUUCAGGUUUAAUUGGGCGUUGACUAUGUUUUAUAUUCCAUAUCUUCUGGUGGAGAUUCCGAGUAAUAUAUUACUCAACAGGAUAGGUAUCCUAAUAUUGAUGCUUUUCCCCGCGCUCAUAAUAGCGUUCGGCAUUGUGUCAAUAGGGACUGCGUUUGUGAAGAGCUUCCAGGGACUGUGCGUUGCUCGUGCAUUCCUGGGUUUUGCGGAGGGUGGAACAAUGCCUGGAAUGGCGUUCGUUAUGAGCUGCUUCUACAAGCGGGGGGAAUUGCUCUUUCGAGUAGGGCUUCUUGCUUCGGCUGCUUUGCUCUCGGGCGCUUUCGGUGGCUUCUUGGCGACGGCCUUGUCACGGAUUCCCGAAUGGGGUGCCAAAGGGUCCGAGGUUCAUACAUGGAGAAACAUAUUCUUCUUUGAGGGCCUCAUCACAGUCGGGUUCGGAGUUUUAGCGUACUUCUUCAUCCCUAAGUCCCCGCAGGACUGUAUGUUCCUAAAUGAGCGAGAGCGGUGGAUCGCGGCCGAAAGGAUGAGAAUUGAACAUAGAGAAAUCACAAGUGAGAAAACCGAAUUAUGGCAUGUGAAGAGAGCUGUCUUCAACAUCAAUAACGUGACUUGUUGUAUGGGAUUUUUCUUCUGCAACAUUACUGCGCAGGGUUUCUCUUUAUUCCUACCGACAAUCCUUAGUGCAUUGGGAUGGAGAGCAACAAAGGCUCAACUUCUCACUGUCCCGCCUUACACUGUGGCAUUCUGUUUCUCAAUCUACAUAGCCCGUCUCUCGGACCGCUAUCGGAAGCGCGGUCUGUUUAUUCUCGUCUGUACAACUCUAACGUUAACGGGAUAUUCGAUGCUUGUGAGCGUUAGUAGCGCAAACAUCAAAUACGUAGCAGUGUUUUUCGUGGCGACCGGUGCACUCCCGCCUGGUCCGGCGUUUUUGAGCUGGGGGUUGAACAAUGCGGCGGGACCUUCCAUCAGAGCUAUAACAGGAGGGUAUAUUGUGAGUGUUGGCACUUGCGGUGCAAUUCUCGCGACGUGGACAUAUAUCUCUUCCGAUGCUCCAAAGUACACCCGAGGACAUUCGAUCAACCUUGGUGGACAAGCCUGUUUGGCCCUGGUGGCUCUAUUUGGUAUCUUUUAUACUCGCCGGGAGAACGCUUUGCGGGACCGAGGAGGGCGGGAUGGGCGGUUGGUGGGGCUAGCGGAGGGGCAAGCGCGGAAGUUGGGCUAUCGGCACCCCGAAUUUCGAUAUGUCGAAUAGUACAAGAAGGGGAGAGGUUUUGAUGUCGAGUUCAGAGCGGUUGGGAUGAUUAGCUAUUUAGGGUACCGGUAUAGAUUGGUGGUGACUGG